UCCACCACCGCAACCAACACCACCACCACCACAACAACGCCCACCCCCACCGGUCCUUCUGCCUCCUUCUCCAAGGAAAGGCCAUUCAAGCCGAAAAAGUCUGAGGAUUGGACUAUUUAUCGUGACAUUAUCCAGAACCUUUACCGCAAUGACCAUUUGAAGCUUCGCGAUGUAAAAAGAUAUAUGGAGGAGAAUCAUCACUUUCAGGCAUCAGAAAAACAAUACAAAGAUCGCCUGGCUGCCUGGAAUGUUCGUAAGAACAUCAAAGCCAAAGAAGUCCAUAUCAUGCUCCGCAAGCAACAAAGGCGAGCUGCAGAGGGCAAGCGAACGGCGUUUCGGGUGGCCGGCCAAGUGGUCGAACCCAAGCGCAUCUCUCGGUUUGUCCGAAGAUAUGGCAACCACUGGGAACUGGAUCACGCUCGUGAGGGCAUCUCUCCGAAUACCAUCAUCCCCACGGUGGAGACCCAACCGGUGAUGCCGCAAACGCAGCAAGAGUUACACCAAAAUCUUCCGACAAGCCCCGAGCCAGAGACCCCUACAGACAUCGAAUACUACACACCGGAGCCAGACGAAAAGGCUAUGACCCUGUCGCCUAUGACCGAGACUCCAUCUCGUUUCUACGAUGAGAAGAUGGAGCCACUUCCAGACCCAGAAGUCGACCAUCAAGCACCUCUACCGGUCUCACCUACCCCGACGGCUCCUCCCACGGCUCUUCCCACGGCUCCCCCCAAGCCGAUCGCCAACGAUGAUUACUGGAAGGCACUCGACGUGUUCCAGGGUCAACUUUUGACCUUGUCUCGGACUCUUGAUCAAUCCAUGUCCAAGUUCACAUCUCCCCAUGAC